UCUAGUUUUCUUUCUUUCUUUCCAAGCAAAUUUUCCAUCAUUUAUUUUCCCCUCACUUUCUCUCCUCGUCGUUUCCAUAAACCCUUUCAUUUUCCUUCCAAUUUCCUCUUAAUUUCAUCUUCAGUCAUGUCCAUCUACCGUGUACUUUCUCGAUCUUCCAGAACCUUCACACUUCUCUCUUCUUCGCAUUCUUUGCUGAAGCCACAACCCUUCUCCACCACUUUCUUCCAUCAAUUCAGUUCCUUUCCUCAUCAAUCACCAAAUGAGAUUUUUAAGUUCCAACAUUCAGAAAUUAUCGAUGGUUUGAAGAGACUUUACAUUCAGAAAUUGAUGCCAUUAGAAGUGACUUAUCGAUUCAACGAUUUCGUUUCUCCUUUAUUGACAGAUAGUGACUUUGAUGCCAAACCUAUGGUUCUGCUUUUGGGUCAAUACUCAACUGGGAAAACAACUUUUAUUAAACAUAUGCUUCAAAAUAGUUAUCCAGGAGCUCAUAUUGGACCUGAACCAACAACUGAUAAGUUUGUUGUUGUCAUGUCUGGACCUGAUGAGAGAACUAUUCCUGGCAAUACCGUUGCUGUACAGGCAGAUAUGCCAUUCGGUGGUCUAACAUCUUUUGGCACUGCUUUUUUGUCCAAAUUCGAGUGUUCUACAAUGCCUCAUCCUCUACUAGAGCACAUUACAUUUGUGGACAGCCCUGGAGUUCUAUCAGGAGAAAAGCAACGAUUAGAGAGAUCAUAUGAUUUUACCGGCGUAACAUCUUGGUUUGCUGCUAAGUCUGAUAUAAUACUCCUCCUAUUUGAUCCUCACAAGCUUGAUAUCAGCGACGAGUUCAAACGUGUGAUAACAUCCCUAAAGGGGCAUGAUGAUAAAAUUAGAGUGGUUUUGAACAAGGCAGACCAAGUUGAUACUCAACAAUUAAUGAGAAUUUAUGGUGCUUUAAUGUGGUCACUUGGGAAAGUGUUCAAUAUUCCAGAAAUCAUGCGGGUGUAUAUAGGAUCCUUCAAUGACCAGCCUGUAAACAACAUUGGUGUACUCGGAAAUGAACUCUUUGAAAGAGAACAGGAAGACCUUCUUACAGAUCUAAAAGAUAUACCAAAGAAGGCUUGUGAUCGUAAAAUCAAUGAAUUUGUAAAACGAGCUCGAGCUGCCAAAAUACAUGCAUAUAUUAUCAGUCAUCUGAAAAAGGAAAUGCCUAUCGUGAUAGGGAAAGCUAAAGCUCAACAAAAACUCAUUGAUAACCUGGAGGUGGAAUUUGCAAAGGUACAAAGGGAGUUCCAUCUCCCUGCCGGAGACUUUCCAAAUGUUGAUCAUUUCAAAGAGGUGUUGAGUGUUUAUAACAUCGACAAGUUUGAGAAAUUGAAACCGAAAAUGAUACAAGAUGUGGAUGACAUGCUUGCUCAUGACAUACCUAAUCUCUUAAAGACUUUUAGAAAUUCAUAAGUUUGCAAGAUCAAAGGACUAGUACAAAAGUAUGGAUCCGGAUCCAUUUUAAAGACAUUCUAAUCUCUUGUAUCAUGUAUCAUGUGGUGCAUAUUUUGCAAAACUAUGCAUGCAGGCACAAUAAUGUACUUUUUCAACAGACAACUCAUUCAAUGGUAACCAAAAAAACCUUUAUAUUUACAAA